AUGAGUCUAAAGCUCACAAUAUAUAGAAGUGCUACUGAUAUCUCACCACCAGAUACAAAGAUAUUGGCCCUCAUGUCCAACGAUUUCAUUAUCAACACAGUCAUGAAUUUCCAUUAUAAACGUAUCGUUUCAGAAUUGCCCUCCUUUGGAAAGAAAUAUGAUGAGAAGUCUUAUUGGCUUGUAAAGCAACCAAAUAGGAAAUCUCUGGAUCCAAUUAUCAUUUACCUCCAUGGGGGUGGUUAUUUCCUCCAAAGUCAACCUGAACAAUUUGAAUCCACCUUGUCAAUGUACAAGUUGUUGAAGCCGGAAACUCAAAAGAAACUUUCAAUAUUGUUCUUAGAUUAUUCCCUUGCUUGCUAUGAUUAUUGUGGAUUGCCCACUCAACUUAAUGAACUUCAUAGGACUUAUCACAAAUUGACAGUACAAGAGGGUAACAGUAAUAUCAUUCUUAUGGGUGAUUCGGCUGGAGGAAAUCUUUCUAUAGGUUAUACUCAAUAUUUGAAAACUUUGAUUAAGGAGAAGCGUUUAUCAGAAGCACAGGCAGUAUUCCCAUCAAACAUGAUUCUUGUAUCCCCAUGGUGUAAAAUUGAGCCAACUCCUGAUCAGUUCCAACCUGGUAGAUCUUACUACGAUAAUAAUGAUUACGAUAUGAUUAGAUAUCGUUCAUUAAUGGUCGAAGGCGGGAAAAAGUAUUUAAUUAGCUCACAAAACAUUGAUGCUCUUACUGCUUCUCCAAAUUCUAAAUUGCCCCACAGUCCUAAGGAUUGGGGUGAUGUGCCAACAUAUACGAGAGAAAAGUCUAAUAUCUUUGUUAUCUUAGGGGAAGAUGAAGUUUUCAGAGACGAUAUUUUAAUCUGGGCUGAAUAUGCUCUUGGCUGUCCCUUGUAUAGCGAAAACAAAUAUGGAAAUUCUGGAGGUGUAUAUGACCCCAAAAUUCAUGAAUUUGUUAGAAAAGGUUCUCCAGGUAAAUGUGCAGUCCAGUUAUAUGUAGAACCAUUGGGAGUACAUGAUAGUUUCUUUUUCUUUGAGAACCACUUGCUUAAAAAGAUUCAGUCUGCUGAAGGGAAUCCAAGUGGCCCACAAGUCAGAUUGAGCCAACUCAAGGAUUCUGAAUUUUUCGCUACAAAGCGUAUUGUUAAGUUUUUAGAUGCUAUACUUUAA